ACAGAGUCGCGGGCGGAUUGCGUUCCUUCCCAAGAGCGUUCGGGGACUGGAUUUUGCUCACUGGCGCAAUUGCACGUGACGGGAAAAGCAUGGGAGUUGAAUGUUGGUUAGCUAGUUCUCGCCACGUUCAGCUCCGUACCUACCAGUGCGAAAUUCUUCACUCUCGAUCAACUCUCCUUCAAUUCUUCUUCUUCUUCUUCGAUCCUAUCCUCUGUUUGCUUGCGGAAAUUAAACUGCUCCCGCGUACCUCCACUCCUGUUUAUCCAUAUAUCUUUCGAUUGAGCAAGGGCAGAGACCAAUUUAUCACUCAGUUUUGAUCUUAACCCACAACCCAGAAAUCGGAAAUGGAAGAGGGAAGGGGCGAGAAGAAGAAGGUGAUGGUGGCCGUCGACGAGGGAGACUACAGCCACUACGCCCUCGAGUGGACUCUCCAAAAUCUUCGCGAUUCCAUCGCUAAUUCCCAGCUUCUCAUCUUUACUGUCCAGCCCGUUGCUGAAUUCGGCUAUAUUCACGCUUCCAGUUACGGUGCUGCUCUUCCAGAAUUGAUCACCUCUGUCCAAGAAAAUCAGAAGAAGGUAGCAUCAGCUUUAUUGGAGAGAGCAAAGGAGAUUUGCAGUAAAUAUGGGAUAACAACGGAGACUGUCACAGAAGUUGGAGAUCCUAAAACAGCCAUAUGUGAGGCAGUGGAAAAAUUCAACGUCCAAUUACUUGUAUUAGGCAGCCAUGGCCGUGGAGCUCUAAAGAGGGCUUUUCUCGGGAGUGUUAGCAACUACUGCGUUUAUAAUGCCAGGUGCCCUGUUCUCGUUGUGAAAAAGCAAGCCUGAAGGGCUCGAGACUGUAAUAUUUCCAUGAAGUUUAGCAGUGAGCUCUGGUUGUGACAAGAAGAUUAGCAGCAUCUUUCUGUUACUGCCAACUUCAAAGAUUUCUGUUUGUAGCAUUUCUGUUCGAACGGUUGGUGUGAAUGUGUGAUUGAGAUUUCAGUCUUGCUUAAAAUGCAGAAUUUGUGAGCUAUGAAUGGUAAUAAGUAUAAACAGGGAGCUAUGUAUUCAUGUAGUUUUUGUUUAAUGAAAUGGGAGCAGCAUGCCAUAUGCUCCUUCUGUUAAUUA